AAGGCCGCUUUGGCUCCGGGGGGGGGGACUCGAGGCGACCUCGGGCGCGGGAGGCGCAGGCGGAGCCCUGCCAUGGCGGCCGAGCCCAACGGGAGCUGCGGGGACGAGGACGCCGCGGUGCGGCAGGUUCUCGGAGAAGAGCGGUUCCGGCUGGUGCAGGGUGCCAAGCUGCUCGUCGUCGGGGCGGGGGGCAUCGGCUGCGAGCUGCUGAAGAACCUGGUGCUGGCCGGCUUCAGGGACAUCGAAGUGGUCGACUUGGACACCAUCGACAUCUCGAAUCUCAAUCGCCAGUUCCUCUUCCGCCGGGCCCACGUGGAUCGGUCGAAGGCGGAGGUUGCGGCCGAGGCGGUGCGUCAGUUCCGGCCGAGCGCGCGCGUGGUAUCCCACCACGGCAACGUCAAGGACCCGCAGUUCGGGGUGGAGUUCGUAUCGAGGUUCGACGUCGUGGUCAACGCCCUUGACAAUCUGGAUGCGCGCCGGCACGUGAACCGCCUGUGCCUCGCGGCGGAGAAGCCCUUGCUUGAGGCCGGCAGCACAGGGCACCUGGGCCAGGUAACCGUCAUCAAGAAGGGCGAGACGGAGUGCUUCGAGUGCCAGGCCAAGCCGACUCAGAAAGUGUACCCGUAUUGCACGAUCCGGUCUACCCCGGAGAAGCCCAUCCACUGCCUGGUGUGGGCGAAGAACCUCUACGACCUUUGCUUCGGCCCGGAGGACGAGUCCAACCUGCUGACCGAUCUGGCGGCAGAGAUGAAGCAGUUCACCAGCCAGGAGAAGGUCGACGGCGAGGAAGUCGGGAAGAAGAUCUACUCCCACCUCUUCGACGCGGACAUCAGGAAGCAGGCAGCCCUCGAAGACCUGUGGUCCGAGAAGCGGCCACCGCCCGACCCGCUGCCCUUCGACGAAGCCGUGCAGCGGAGCAGCAGCAGCGGCGCCCCCCCCAAGGGCGGCGCCGCCGUGCUGGACGUCCAGAAGGUGCCCAGCGUGGCGGGCGACGCCCAAGGGUUUGUUGCGGCGGUCAAGGCCAUGUACUCCGACGCACGGCGAGGCCUCAUCGGGCAGAGCGUCUUCAGCAAGGACGACAGCGUGUCCAUGGACUUCGUGCACUGCGCGGCCAACCUCCGCAUGUCUAACUACCGCAUUGACCGGCUCUCCCGCUGGGACGCCCAGUCCAUCGCAGGAGCCAUCAUCCCGGCUGUGGCGAGCACGAAUGCCAUCGUCGCUGGCCUCGAGGUGGUCCAGCUCAUUCACGUGCUGGAGUCGACGGCGCAUAAGAAGGAGCUCCGCGACGGGCGUUGCCGCACGGUCUGGGUCCGAUACCCAGAGCCUUCGAGGAAGAAGAUCCUACAGCCCAGCACGCUGCAGCCGCCGAACAAGGAGUGCUUCGUGUGCGGCUCCAGGACGGCCCGAGUAGCGCUCAAGGGCUUGAGCGAUUGGAAGAUGUGCGAUUUCGUGAAGAAGUGCGUGCAGGGAAGCUUUGGCGCCGUGAGCCCCGCGCUGUACCACAACGGCGUCUGCAUCUACAACCCGGAGUACCCCGAGGCCAACGAGGAGGCGGAGGAGGAGGGCAUGCACCCCGAGUGGAGCUUCACGGAGUGGGGCCUGGCCAGCGGUGCCUUGCUGUCGGUCGAGGACGAGGCGCAGGGCUUCUCGUGUAACCUCCUCGUCCGCGACGAGCCCGAGCUGAGCGAUGCGGAGUUCCCGGCCGGCUUCAACGUGGAGGCCGGCGCCGACAGCCUGGAGAAGGCCGGCGAAGACAAGCGCCAGGCGGAGGCGGCCGCGGAGGAGCCCCCCGCGAAGCGCGCGGCCACGGAGGGGCCCGUCGUGGCGCUGGACGACUGAUGGGCGGCGCUUCGCGGGGCAUGGGGGGCUCCACGGGGCUCCGAAGAAGAAGCACGUGCACGGUUCAGAUGUGUUCCUUCUUUCCUGCGGCUCACGAAACGCUGGGCAGCUUGGCGGCCGAUCGCGGUUCCUCUGGGCGCGCUUGUCUUUGCGCUCCGCUCUCGGCACAGCGGGGAGGCUUGGUGGCUGUUCGCGGAGCUUCUGGGUGGGCCUCUCGUUUUUGCACUCGACCGGCCUCGGCGUGGCGGGAAG